CCCAGGUUUGUUGUAUACUUUUCUUCUCUGUCAAACCGAACUAUCAACAACAAUGGCGACUGAAUCUCCGAAUUCUGUGCAGAAAAUUGUUGUUCAUCUAAGAGCUACCGGUGGUGCUCCGAUACUGAAACAAUCUAAAUUCAAGAUUUCAGGGACUGAUAAGUUUGCUAAAGUGAUUGACUUUCUAAGACGGCAGCUUCACUCUGACUCAUUGUUUGUGUAUGUAAACAGCGCUUUCUCCCCAAAUCCCGAUGAAUCGGUAAUUGAUCUCUAUAAUAACUUUGGGUUUGAUGGUAAACUGGUGGUUAACUAUGCCAGUUCCAUGGCAUGGGGUUAAAGUUGCAUCUUAUGUUGUCUCUCUCAGUCCAAAAUCAUUGAUCUGCGGGAUGAUGAUACAAGUUGCUACUCUUUUCUUUGGUAGGAGAAUCCAAGUGAGUGUAGGAAUGAGACCCCCCUAUUUGUUGUACAUCCUUAGGAAUGGCUCUUCAUCAAGUUUUUUUUUUUUUUUUUUUUUUUUUUUUUUUAACCUGAAUACAUAUGACAAAAGUGGAACAGUUUUUGUGUGAUACUUUCAUAUUCAAAAGAAUGAUUCAAUCUGA